AUGGAUAUGUCGGUCGAUAUUGAACAACGUGUCGCUUUCUAUAAGAUUGCUCGGAGUACCGCAGAAGAUGCAUAUGCUACAAACCCUCUGGACGCCGAUAAUUUAACAAGAUGGGGCAGCGUGUUGCUCGAGUUAUCACAGUUUGAAAAUGAUCCUCCUGUUUCGAAGAAGAUGGUUCAAGAUGCUAUUGACAAGCUAGAGGAGGCACUUGUUAUUAAUCCUGCAAAGCACGAGGCUCUGUGGUGCCUUGGGAAUGCAUAUACAGCUAAUGCAUUUCUUAUUCCCGACUUUGAUGAAGCUAAAGUUCACUUUGAUAAGGCAGCCAAGUACUUUGAGCAAGCAUUUGCAUUGGAACCAAAAAAUGAAUUUUAUCAAAAAUCACUUGAAGUAUCUGUUAAGGCUCCUCAGCUUCACGUGGAGAUUCACAAACAUGGUUUGGGUCAGCAGGCAAUGGGACCCGAGCCUUCUUCGUCUACCAGCACGAGGCAGAGUACAAGGAAGAGCAAAAGUAGCGAUCUCAAGUAUGACAUAUGUGGGUGGAUUAUCCUUGCUGUCGGCAUUUUUGCGUGGGUCGGGUUUGCAAAAGCUAACAUGCCUCCACCACCACCACCACCUCCGAGAUAA